UCAGUGUAAGAGAGUCAUUUAAACUGUGUAGACAUUCAGUUGUGAUUAAACUAGAUUCAUUAAGAAUUUCUAGGAAUUAUUGUGCGAUUAAGAGGAAAUUGAUAAUGACUAAAGGCUUAGCAAAGUGAUUUUACAACAAUUAGAAGGUCUCACUCAAUUAAUCAGAUCUCCGAAGGAAGCCCUGGCAACGCAUUAAAAAAUUAUUCUUAGAUAGCUUGAUCGAAUAACACAAAACAACAUUAAUUUUGCAAAAUUAUUGAUUACGAGAGCAUUAUUGUCGACCUAUCAAUAAUACAAUAUUUUUCAAAAGCUACAAACUCCCACGGAAACAUAAAAACAAACGGUUAAAAAUGAAACUGACAUUUUUAUUACUUUUGAUGACCUUAGUCAAUAUAGCUUACUCUAAUAUACCUUACUGUGACUUUGAGUUUUCAAGAAUAAGUUAUAAUGGAAGAAUGAACCAACUUUAUACAUGCACAAUCCAAAUCGAUGGCCAAAUGACAAGUUUCAAUGAUGUUUUGGCUACACACGAUCAAUAUCCAGGAAGAGGACAUCAACAUGUGUCUGUCUUGACAGUUGCUGUGAAAGCUAGAAGAUUUAUUAAAAAAUUUCCGUCAAUUUAUUGCGAUACGUUCAGGAAGUUGGGCAUUAUUGAUAUGAGUGAUGUGGGAAUUGAGUCUGUAGCUCCUGAUUCUCUUAAGAACUGUAAAGAUCUCAGCGUUCUAAUUUUUUACAUGAAUAAAAUUCAAACCGUUAAUGACAAUUUACUAGUCAAUAACCCAAGUUUGAAAGAGGUGCAUUUAAGCUACAAUAAAAUUACUUCUCUGCCUGAGAAAUUAUUUGUGAACCAGAAAGAUCUCAAAAUUUUAGGACUCUCUGCAAGCUACAUCAAUUUUCUACCCAAUCACAUCUUUAAAUCACAAGAAAAAUUAGAGAAAUUGAAGCUUGACUCAAAUCGAUUACAAACAUUAAAUCCAAAUUGGUUUAAAAGCCUAGGAAAUUUAAAGGAACUUGAUUUAUCUGAAAAUAAAAUUGAGGAGUUGCCAGAAAAUACAUUUAAACCGCUAAAGAGCCUUGAGGUCCUUAAGAUGCAUACCAAUAAUAUUAAAUUCAUUAGUUCUCAUUCAUUCGGUCGUCAUCCUAACCUAAAAAAUGUUCAACUACACAAAAAUGAGCUUUUUGGAAUCGACCCAAAGUUCACUAAUAAUAUCCCGAUUAAAAACUUGAAUAUGAAAGGCAAUACAUGCAGCAGUGAGUCAUUAAUAAAAAGGGAAGAUAUUGAUAAGAAACUACAGCUGUGCUAUGAUUAUUUCGUAAUGUCUAAUUCUAAUCUUGAGCUAAUCACAACAAGAUCAACAACGCCUAGAAGACGCACAUUUGUAACUGCCACUACUACCACCAAAAGCAAAUUUAGAGUUCCCCAAACGACAACAACUCCAAGAACAACAACAUCUACUACUCAAAGGGUAACAUCAUUAGGAUCCACUACCCAGCAAAAUACUCAAAUGCCAUUUCGAAGUUGGAAAAGCAAGACAAGGACACCAAAAAAAGUAAAAGUGAAUGAAUGUGGUACUCGACCUGGUGCAACUGCACUGAUUGUCAACGGAGAGAAUUUUGAGAAAGGAACUUAUCCAUGGAUGGCUGUAUUAGUAAAGAACAACAAUGACGUCCACUGUGGAGGUGUUCUUAUAUCGAAUAGGAAAGUUUUGACAGCCGGUCACUGCAUUCAUACCAAAAGCUUCACAGAAUAUAAUAAAAAGGAUCUUCAAGUCAUUUUAGGAAGUCAUGAUUUAAUCUCAAGAUUUGAAGUUUCAAGAGAAAUUAAAAAAAUUGACACAAUUUUUCCUCAUCCUCGUUGGAAUCCAAUGGUGGAAAAAUUUGAUUACGAUAUUGCUGUGAUUGUGCUGGAAGAGGAAGUUCACUUUAAUAAUUAUAUUCAGCCAAUUUGCUUGCCAAAUAAUAAUAAAAUUGUGAAAUCAAUAACAAUGGGCACUGUCAUUGGAUAUGGAAAGACUGAGGACAGAAGCAAACAAUUUUCAAAUAUACCAAAAAGAGCACAAGCACCGAUUUACAACUAUGAGUCUUGCGUCAGGAAGUUUUCAGAUCUUCAAUCAAUUGCAUCUAAAACAACAUUUUGUGGUGGACAUGCAAAUGGAACAGGAGCAUGUACAGGUGAUAGUGGGAGCGGAUUGUUUGUGUCUCACAAUAAUAUCUUCUAUCUUCGAGGAUUAGUCUCAUCGUCCCAAAACAAUAAUGAAAUCGGAUGUGAUGUCAAAAAAUAUGCAGUAUACACAAAUGUGACUAAAUUCAUUGAAUGGAUAAAUAAGAUUCCAGUCAGUCAAUUAUCAUCAAGAUUGCUGGAUGAAGACGAAGAUGAAGACGAAGAGGACGAAAGGAAUAAGCUAUGGGACACGAGCCUUACAAGAAGUCCAGAUAGUGAUGAUGAUAAUGAUACAGGAAUUGUUUAUUUUAAUGAUAGUGAAAUGGAUUCUGAUAAUGAUGUAGGAUCUGGCAGUGAUAAUGAAGUGACUACAUACGAGACAGGCCUUGUGUGGAACUCUUAGAGCAAGAAGCAUCAGAAUGUACAAGAAUUUAAUGUUCAAAAUAAUAAAAUAAAAUGAUAUAAUAAUUUUUAAUUAAACUAAUAUUUGGUGAACUUAUUUAAUGGAUGAAUAGUGAUCCAGAGGUGCUCUAGGGCGUUUUAGAGCUAACGAGAGUUUAAAAAG